UAUCUUAAAAUUAUAAUGCGACUAAAUCAGGUCAAUUUUGUUGGCUUAAAAUGUCAAUUUUUAGAUGACUUCUUGUUUUCAACCAAUUAUCAUGCAAAGGCUCUGUUGAAUUCAUUUCAGAUAAAUGUGGCAGAUUUGAUUGUUAAAUUAUUUCAAAAGUGCAAUCUCUGCUUAAUAUGUAGGCUCUCGACUAAUGACAUUGCAAUCAUGAUAUAUUUUAUUUGUUUUUCUUUAAUAUUUGGAUCUGUUGACGAUUCACAGGGGCGAUAUCCGGUCUUGGCGCUACAGACGCAUUGUGGGACACUGCGCAUGCCCAGAAAACAUUCGGCCAUGAUAAAUAUGAAAAAAAAAGUGAACAUUAUAUUGUAUUAUUUUAAUUAAUAUUGCGUCGUUAUUUUGUUGGAUUACAUUUUGGAUAUAUCAUGGAUAUGUAGACAGAAAUGGGAUUGCCACAUGGCGAUACUAUAAGCAGCCCUCGCUGGCAUUAUCCUCGAUAAAUGCUCAUUAGCAACUAGAGGACAUAAAAUGGUCAACUGACAAUGGAGAGCUGUUUAGUUUUUAUAGGAACUUGUUCAUGUUUCCUGAUGAAGGAACCUGACAGACUGUUUUGUCAAUUGUUAUCCCCAACUUAACUUGAUUUAUAGAUUUGUUUUGGGUGAACCAGUGUCAGGUAACAAUGAACUAUGACACUCCACAAUAUGCACUCAGUCAUGGGUUGGCUUCUGCCCCUCAGCUUCAUGUACAACAGCAGCAGCACCAUCUGCAACAGCACCAGUUGCAACAGCACCAGUUCCAACAGCAGCAGCACAUCUUCCAACCACAGUACAACCACGCUAUCCCCACCUCCAAUGUCUACCAGUUUCAGUUUGCUGGCGGAGGUAGCCAGAUGUUUCAGCAGAAGGAGGCGCACCACAUGGGGCUUGCUGGCGGGAUGCAGCAAAGGAUCAAUCAGCACGGCAUGGUGUCCCAGCCUUUUAUCAAACAAGGUAUGCCCCUAGGAGGAAUGGAAGGCAUUCAUGUGGUGAAUGGACUAGAUGGCAUGAUCUAUUCUCAUCCUAAAAAUAGCUUAAAAAUCAUCACCAAUCCUGAUAACAGAAUGAUGCAGCAGACUGAUGGUACCAUUGGAAUGCAGCAGACUAUUGUUGGGGUGGACAUGAUGGGAAACUCAAAUUUUUUAGACCACAAUGUUGAAGUACAGCAGCAGCCAAAUGUCAAUCAGGGUAGUAUGUUUACAUACAACAAUAAGCAUUUCACUGGUUGGCUACAGCCACAAAACAUCAACACUGCCAGUUCUGAACAGUGUCAAGCUGUUGGUCAAAGCUCACUGCCUUCCUUUAAUCACUUGUGGUCACAGUUUCAGCAUCAGAAGCAGGUUGGUGUGGUUCAACAUCACCAGCACCUGAACCAAUACCAACAGCCACAGCAAUUCCACCAGCAGCCAGCGCUGCAGACGCAGCAGUUUACAGGGGCAAGCUUUCAAGCUGUGCCAGGCAUUCAGAUGGUGAAAAUGCAGCAGCAGAAGCCCCAGCAGAUUACAGUGCCUGUUUCCAUGCAAUCUGUUCAGCAUCUUCCUUCACAGUUCCACUGCUUCUCCCCUCCACAUAUUAAUUUAAUGUCUUCAAAAUGCAUGGAUAAAGAUUCUGAGAUGGGAAACAUAAACUCAGAUAAAGGGAUGCACUCUGUUUAUUCUACUCCCUCUAUCAACAUUGCGCAGUCCAUAUCCUCUCCUCUUCUGGAGCACAAAUGCACCACUGCAGUCACCUACACUAUUUCUGGUCCUCCCAAGGUUACAGUAACAUUAGACUCUCUUACUCAGUGUGAAACAUUCCCUCCUAAUGGGCUUUUGGAAAAAUCAUCAGAAAUGUCUUUCAACUCUGACAUUGCUUCUUCAAAUUUAGUAAGUAAGGGAAAAUCGUUAAAAAAUUCAGAUAACAUAGCCUUAGAGAAUAGCAAUGCCCAUAAUAGGCAGUGGCAGCCAGUACCACACCAAAGAACUCAGUUUGUAGCCAAACCAUUGUUUCAUACAUCUUCAACUGGGAGCUCACUAGAAAGGUCAUCAUCAGAAAGUUCCAAUUUCUCUUCCCCUCCCUAUGCAUUCACCCCACCAAGUAGCACUGACUCCUUGUUCUCCCCGGUCUCUACACUUUUCUCUAAAGUAACAGAUUUUCCCUCACCCAAAACCAUGGCUAUUACCACAUCCCCGCCAGUUACUCAUUAUUUGACGUCUCCCUUGACAACAGCAACACAGGUGAUGAAUGAGAUGCGCCACACUUCCUCGGUGGCUGCCCCAGCCUUGCUUACCCUAUCCUUGGUCUCUACUUGCACGACAACUGUCACCACAACCGUGGCAUCUAGCUAUCACUCUGUUGCCUUAACAACAACCUCCGUAACAUCCACAACACCUUGCUCUAAGGAGAGCACAGGUAUGGCCUCUGCUCACUCUGAUGUUGUAUUAAACAGUAAUACUAAAAAAAAAACUGAACAUAUCAGACCCGGCAGUCCUGAACUGAGUACAAAAGAGAAAGUGAAAAAAGUUAAAGUCCCAUAUAGCUGGCAGAGGAAGUUGAAGAAUGGCAUGAUUGAAUAUUUAAGUCCUAGUGGUGUGUCUUUGCAGUCAGUGGAGCAAAUAUGUUCAUAUUUGUUAAGUGACAUAACAUGCAAAUGUGGACUUCAGUGUCCACUUCAUGUGGACAAGUAUUUUAGCUUCGACCCUGAAGUUGAAAGUCAACCAUGGAGCUUGACUUCCCCUAGCGGAGAAGAUCUUCAAAGUCUUUGCCACCACAGCAGGGAGAUAGUGGCCUUGGCAGCUUUCCACAGCUCUCAAGCUGAAGUUGCUGGUGAGCAGUCAUUAGAUCCUAUUUUACUAGGAAAGAAAAGGCAAGAGAGGAAAUCAGUUCCUGCAGGAGAUGAAUUGAUAGUCUCACCAUUGAAAAGAUUGAAAUCUAGUAUUACUAAAGCUGUGAAUAAACAUGCAAUGUACCUAGGAAACACUCAACAGAUACCAUUUUCUCAAGAAUCACCAGUUCAAGAAAAUUGCCUUUUGGGAAAUGCAGAAGUACACGUUACCAACAGAGAUGCUUCUUCCUUGGGCAAUCCAGCCAUGAUUGGUAGUAAUAAUGGUGUUGGCAGUCAACCAGCUAAUUUUUUUACCAGAGGCUCUGCCAGUUCUGGAGAAAAAGAGCAUUUUGUUUGCAAAACUGAGAACAAACAAACAUUCCAGGUGGACUACCAGCAAGCUGUUCAAACGAGUUCAAGGCAGAUGUUAGUAGGUGAGGUUGGAAAUGAGUUCUGUGAUCAAAGAAGGGGCAGGGAGCCCAACCUGCAGUCUCCUUUGAGCAGGCAAAUGGCUGCUAAAGAAAAAGAUAUAUCCCAGCUAGAGCACCAGUCUACUUUUGGGAAGGGCCCAAGCAUGUUUUACCAAAACCAAAAGUAUCUUAAUAGUGCACAGUCUGCACCACAAGUCAAUGAAGGGUUUAAACAAUCUAUAUGGCAGUGUACCAGCCCAAGCAGGACUUCAUCUUUUCCCCACUUCCAAAGUAGCCCUAAACCAACAUAUCAGUCAACUGCUGGUUUUAAUCAUGCAAACUAUGUCCAUUCACAUACUGCCAACUUUGUUCAACACAGCACUCCCCAGCAACAGCUACAACAGCUUGGUGGACAAGCUUGGCUUGAUCCUAAAAAAAUCAAGUCCAAGAGGCCCAAAAGUAAAAAGGAAAAACAAAAACAAAUAAAUAGCAUUGUGGACAGGAGCUCUCCCUGUGCAAAAUUAAUUGGUAAAGCAGCACAGCCUUCCACAGCUGUUUCUUUUUUGGACAAUCCCACAGUAUUUGUUGAACAGCAAACAGCCAUUAUAAACAAUUCUAUAGCAUCAUGUCAGUUAAAUUGCAGUUCCCCAACUCCUCCUAGGUCAGACACUGCCAAGCAGAUUACAUUUAUGUCCUCUCCAGAUCCUGGCAAAACUGUGAAAAAGUCCCUAUUUAAACCAGAAGAAAUUGAUUUAGAGAUAAAAUCAGAAAGUGAUGAUCAGAAGAGUGUGUAUGAGAUGGAUAGUAGUAAGAGUUUCUCUGAUACACAUGAAAACAAUGACUCAGCAUACCUAAGUCAGGUAGGAAGUAGCCAAGAUAGGUCAGAUUCUGAAACUUGUCUAGACAAUAAGAGUGAUGUUUAUGAUUUUAAUAUGUCCGAAGAUAAGGAUUGCAAGCACACACCAGUCAAUGUGCUUGUCUCGGAACAUGGUGAGACAGAUGAGGAUUCUUCACAGUUUAUUACUGCUCAGACUAAAAGUCCAUCUGCUGUCAGCAAACUCUCUGAGAAAAAGAUCUCUAAACUGAAGUCUAAAGUAAAACCUUGCCAGAUCAAAAAGGAAGCUGUUAAACAAGAGGUAGAACUUAUCAAGAAAAUGUCAGUCUCCAGUUUGAAUGGAGAUGUGACACAGUUACUGAGCAGCAACAACUUGAAUAUUACAGCCCUCCAACAAGUUCUGGCCCAGUGCAACAAUGCAGAAACAGCUGAACAGCUUAAAGUCAUUCAGCAAGCUAUUUCACAGGGGACUGGUGUAGGUCUGGAAUUUCCUGCUAGUAGCCUGCUGUCAGCAGCUGCCAGGGCACAGCUUAAUUUGCAGAACAAUGGUGCUAGUUUGUCUACAGUUCAGAUAAAUAAGAAUGAAGGAAUGCCCACCACAUGUAUAAGUAUGGUUAGCAGUGGUGGAGCAAAGAGUGUAGUUACUUCCAGUACAGCCUGUGGAUCUAUCACAAAUGCAACAAUCUCACAACUUCAGCAGCAUCCACAUCAACCUUCUCCAUGCAUACAGCAACUCAGCAAUAACCCAAACCUUUUAGGUAACAUGAUGCAACUACAGCAAUUAACUUCAGGUAACUUCACCAUGAACAUGAUUCUGCCAGUUUGUGGUCAGGGUCAGACAUUUACGUCAGACUCUAUCCAUACUGCGACCUUUGGCCCUGAACAUGAUCACAAGACACCAAUAGCUGGAUCUGGAAAUAUGAACCCAUUGAUGGCCCAAGGUAUUCUCACUGCAGUUUCCCGCUCCCCAGAGCUUGGUUCUCAAUUGAAACUGUCUGUUGCAUCUGUCAUCCCUUCCAGCCUUGGCCCACAGUGCACCCAGGACACCACCAUGUUGUUGAACAAUUUUGGUCCACGGAUGAUCAUGAACAAUGCAAUGCCACCUGUCUCUGUAUCAGUUGUGACUAAUGUCACAAAGUCUUUGGCCCAGGUAGUACCCACUAUUGGCAUUAACCAGACUGUGUUUAACACUCAGCAGGUGACACCACAGCUCAUCAAUGCUCAGCAGGGUGGGCCACAAAUAAUAAACACUUCUGCCACAGGCCCUGGGGCGCACAUGAUGAAUACUUCUCAGGGUGGCCAGGUAGUGGGUUCAGCUCCUCAAGGGGCACAGCUGGUCAACAAUACAUCUCAAACCACUCAGAUAAUGAAUGCACUCUCUGUCCAAAGCCUGAACAAUCAGCUGCUUAUCACCAACCCCAUUCAACAGGUGUCUCCUACCAAUUCUAUUUCACAGCUCUCACCAGCUAUGGCUGCACAGAUUCUUGCCCAGGGCCAGCAGCAUCUUCAGCAGAUGUCACCUUCUUUCUUACAGGGCCACUUACAAAAACAGACUCAGAAUGCUGUCAUUGGAGGUCAGAAUAUGUUUGCUAGUGUGUCUUUGCCAACAUUGACAGUCACCUCUGACCACAAUGAUGUUUUAGUCAACUCAAUAGCACAGUCUGGCAUCAUUAAUAAUUUUCAGAACAAUGCAAGGUCAGAUGACCAGCUGGACAAGGCAGAGAUAAAUAUCUCUCAGGUAAAAGACACUGUAUCCAUGGCUAAUCCAUCUUUAUAUGCAUCAACAAGCCAACCAGUGUUUGUUAUACCUCAACCUAAUGCCAAUCCCAUGAUGCAAGUUUUGGGCACGUCUCAACAGUUGGGCUCAGCCACAAAUCUAACAACAGACCUAAACAAUCUCACUCAAAUAUUCAGCCAGUCCAUAGAUCAUAAUCAGCUACAAAACUUGAUGAGUGCUGGUUUUAAUCCCAUUAAUUUCCAACAGAUGAUGGGUGCUGUUAAUCUAACUGGGGUGCAGCAACAACAGCAGCAGCAGCAACUGCAGUUGCUUCAAUUGCAACAGCUAUUGUUGCAACAGAUUCAGAACCAAGGUCAAAAUAUUCAUGGCAUUUCACUGCCCCUGAACCAGAACUCAAGUCCAAACCAAGCUACUUUAGGGACCCAAACUAUUAUGAACACUGUUGUACCCCAGAGAAGUCUGCACCUGAACUCAGUGAUGGACAUCAAUGCACUGCACUCCAGCCUGUCCCCAGUGGCUCAGAGCUACCAGAACCAGCUAUCUCCGGCUACUGCCCAGCUUCAGCACAUCUCUCCUGCAGCUAUAACUGUCCACCAGGUCACGUCAGUCAACACAGGUGGGGCUGUUGGUGUCAUACACAACACUGGAGUCCCUGGUUUGAUGCAGGCUUCAGCUAAAAGUCUACCUUCUGUAGUAGCCACAGUCCAGUCCCAGCAGAUAGCCUCAGACCAGGUAAUACCUAUUAACAAAACCCCAACACUAGCUCCCUCAGGUAUCCUAACUCAGGAGUCCAGUUCAACACCACUUUCUGUCCAGACUACAAUCACUAGCACUUCAAAAACUUUAACAGUUCCUGGAACAAAAUUAGCUCAAUCCAGUAAAACCUCAAAAUCUAAAUCAACGAAAUCUAAAAAAACGGAUAGUAAAAAGCUUGAUCCUGAGUCUGAAAGAAAUGAAGAAGAUAUAGCGGCUACAGUGCAGCAAAUUUUAGCAGAAGCUGUGCAGCAACAGAAAGAAUUGAUUCUGGCAGCUAAAAAUCAACCCCCACCACCUCCAAAAAGCAAAAGUAAGAAAUCUCAAGUGCGAGCAAAAUCAAGCUUAGUCAAAGAGCAUGACCUAGGAAAGCUGGUGAGCAUAUCAGAUGAAACUUCUUUUAUAAAAUCAGAAGGUAUUUGUCUCCAAGAGAAGAUGUUUGAUUCUUCUGUAAAGUGUUCAGAGAGUGUAGACUUGACUAAUAGCUACACUCCACCUAUGACCUUAUCUAGUCACUGUGAAGUUAAUCCACCACCAGGGACAUUUCCUAACCAUAUCAAGAUAUUAGCAGCACCCCCUCAUCUCAUACAGUCGUCUGCACCUUUGUCACAUGUUCAAGCACCCCAUCACAGCACUACUCUCCUGACUUGUCUAAACACUGCCUCUAGUUUUGUAGAGCAGACAUUGAAUGAGACUACAAACCUUGUCCCCAGUGGUGUGGUAAACUCUACUGUCAAGAAAUCUGGCCUGUCUCUCAAAGACCACCUGUCUUCUAUCAUUUCUAGAGAUAAAGAUGGAAAUCACAAGAAAUCUGGUGGGGGAUCUGGUCAAAAGCAAGGGAAAAGUAAGAUCCUGAUUGAACCUCGCCUUGUAACUUUACAGGCUGGGCCUGUUUUAAAUGGCGAUGCAGCAUCUUCUCAGAAGACAUUUAGGAAAUCAAUCAAGUGACGUUCUUUUAGACUCCAAAAUUGUAUAUACGAUUAGGUUCCUCUAUUAAUCAGACUAAUUUUACGAAUAACUUUUAUUCUCAGAUUCUCUAACAGUUAGCUAAAUCUCAAAUGAACAUUGAGUAAGGCAGAAUUGAUAUAUGCAUAAACCAUUUUUUUUAGGUACAUGUUUAAGAAAGCUUGCACUACUAAUCUCAGUUUUUCUAUUCAACUUUUUAGUUUCCACAUAGAAGUAGUGAGCACUACUUGAGACCUGAGAGCUACCAGCAGCUGGGCCAAAUUCUGACUUGAAGAUGUGCAAACCAGAAUGCAAACCAUAGUCCUAUAAAAAUGUAUUUUUACUUACUGCAUGUAGUGCUUAUAUGUUUGAAGACUCAGUUAGGUCUAGGACCUAUAGAAGUGAGUAAUAAGGUACUAUGAUUAUUCAUAUUAAGGCUACUUGAAACAAUAGCUUUUACAAAAGUUUUAAAUAAAUAUAAUCUCCAAAGAGCAAAUCCUGAGCAUUCAAGAUUGGUGUAUUCUAGGUUUUAUUAUGUUCAACAAAUUGGUCUCAAUAAUAUGGUUUUGCCUAUAUUCAUUAAAUUUUUGUUUUUAAUUAAAUGUUACAAAUACACAUUUUUAAGACAAAUGUCAUCUCCUAAUCUAAUUGUUUCAUCUAGAGACUGUCAUUGCUUUAAAUUACUAUGUAGCUUAUUUGAAUAUUUUAAAAAAGGUCAUGUCAACUUUAUUUUCAUGUUACACAUAUUUGAAACAUUAACAGCACAUUUUAUGUGGGUUUUUUUUUUUUUUUAAUAAGUCUGCAUAAUAACAGACAACGCAAAUAUUAUUUUGUAUUUCAUUCUUUCCGACAAGAGAUAAUGAAUAGAUGUGGCUUGUGUGUUUGGGAUCGUGAUCAUUUGGACUAUCAUCACUCAAUUUGAAAUGUUUGUUGAUUAAAUCUGGGUGUUGUAUGUUUGCCAGGGUAGUGUGAGUUGCACAUAGCAUUUCAAGUCAUGUAUAUAAACCAUUGCUUAAUUUAUUACACUCUCAUGUCUGCGCAUAAAUGAAUUGUUCUCAAAAAGUUCCUACCUACAUGCCAUAAUGCUUUUGUCCCUAUUAUAAAAUUUUCAAUGACUCAGAAUUUUAGAAAUAGACUGUUCACCCAUUGCAGGAAUUGGGAUUGGGCAAUAUCCAUGUUAAUGCAAAGUUUUACUUUAUUAGAGUUAAGAUGGUUAAGAAAGUUGGACUGUUUCAUGGACCAUGUGACUUGCAACAUUUAUACUUCUUGUAUUCAAGUAAAUAAUAUUUCCCUCCUGCUUCUUUUUGUUAUGAAUGUUGUAUAAAUACAUAUAAAUAUAUAUAUAAUAAUAAUCCUCAUCACACACUUUCAAUAAUACAAACUAUUGAGUUCACUGUAUGUACACAGUACAUAGUAUUUGUUUUGUAUAGAUAAUAGUAUUUCUUAUCAUUGCUAAAUGGCAUUUUUAAAACUUUGAACAAUUGUGAUUAUAUUAUAAUAAUUUUUGUUUAAAUAUUAUAAUUAAAAGUUUUAUUACAUUUUUUUUCUUUUGUACUAUGAAAUUGUGAUCACCAUUGCUGUUUUUUUUUUUUUUCUCUCGGUUUCUUUCUUCCAAAACCUGUUGGAUCGUUAUGACUAAUGUUUAAUUGGCCCUCUGACAACAAUUCCAUUCUCAUUAUUAAAAACUGUUAUUAUGUUACAUGUUUUUAUUUUUUUUUUUUCUAUUUCCAAUGUUUUUACUAUGAAUCUACAUUACACUACAACACUGGAGGUCAAAAACUUGUGAUUUUGUUGUUAAAAAAAUUAUUUGGUUGUGUUCUGUGCAAUUAUGACUUAACUACAAAAAAAAAAUGUGGAUUUUUUUUUUUAACUUAAAAGGAUUAUAUGAAUAAAAAUCAAAGAUAUUGAGUUUUAUUUUCACCCAAACUAUUAGCUAAUUAACUAAGUUCUUUGUAAUUAUGUCAUGUUUUACUUACAUACCUUUUUGGCUUAAGUAUCCUCACAAUGGAUUUAAUCUUUAUGUAUUUGUUGGCUCUAAGCCAAAAUGUACUUUUUAAUCAUUCACUUUCUAUGAGUGAUCCAACUCAGACAUUAAGUUCUUGGUGUUGAUCAAAUCACUCCACAAAAUUUCAUUCAUUGUAAAUGUAGUGGGCUUUAUUCAAACUAAUUGUCCAGAAAUUAAAAUUUGUCGAUUAAACAUGAAACAAAUGUUCUGAGAAGGUUAUUGGGUUUUAAAAAAAUGUUUGUUAACUCUAGUAUUAGUAUACGUGUUAAUUGUAUUAUUUUUAUUUAAUGUAUCCCAGAAAUGAAACUAUCGAGUGCUUAUCUUUCCGUUAUCCUUUUUUUUUUUUUAAUUUGAGAAAUUUUAGUUAGCAAGGAUUUCUUUUCUAGGUUUUUUUUGUUUUUUUUUUCAUUUGAUCUUGUUUAAGCAUUAAGAUGAUUUAUUGGGAAAAUGUUAGGCGUUAGUAAUUUGUAUAAGUUUGUACAUUUUUUUUAUUUAUAUCUUCAGCGUCCUUAUGGAGAAUACUCAAAUAAUAUGUUUAAAGCAUUUUUUUUCAUCCAAAUUUAUCUUCAAACUUGAGCAUUUUGAAACGCCUGAGCUGGAAUAGUAUUUUGUGAUUAUAUCUUACAUUUCAGUCAAUUAUUUUAAUGUCGUGAUGUUUUUUUAAUUUAGCAGUCACCUAUGUGGUAAGGUAUUAAACCAGUUGUAACUGGUUACGUCUCUGUCAUCACACUGUGUCCUGAAGUGAAAUCCCCUGUGUAACUGAUUCAGUUGGACACAAUCAUCAAUGGACAUUUUCCAUGCGUCAAAUUCAAAUGUGCCAUUCUCCCUCCGUGUGAUUAUUUAAUAUUUAAAAUGAUGUAUAUUGAAUGCUUUUUUUUUCUCUCUCUUUAUAUUUGACUUGGGAUUUAGAUGAAUAAUUUUCUCUUUUUCAAAUUCUUUGUAUCACUUGUCAAAUGAUUUUCUUGGAGCUACAUCUUCAUUACAUGUAUGUAUGGGGAGUCUUGUCCACUGUAUAUGUAUAUGCUGAGAUGAUCUUAUGCAGAAUAUAUCAAUAUUAUUUCAUUAAAUUAUAGUUUAAAUGUUAAUGAAUUUUGUAAUAAAAAUUACACUUUCUAUUUCUUUUUCUCUGAUAAUAACAAUUGUACAUAUACUUCUGAAUAAUUGUCUCGGUAAUGAGAGGCAUGUUUUGUUUUUUUUUUUGUUGUUUUUUUUUUAAAUUAAAUUAUUUCAACAACUCAUGUCUACUAUAACACUAGGAGUUGAGAGAGUUCUGUGAUCAGUUUUACUACUGUCAACUAGAGGCUUUGUGGCCUUGACCCAGCCAUGACUUCCUUUAAUAUAAGAGUGAGUGAGUCUGACAAGUUGUGAACUUUAUUUUUUUUUUGUCCAAUUAGAAACCACUGUGAGAAGAGAGAGGUCAUUAUGUUAAACAUUGAAUUAGGUCACAUGUACAUUGUGUCAAUGUUCUGGACAGACAGCCAUUAAAGUCAAUUGUUUUGCUGCUACAUUGA